UGCUGGAGUGCUCAGGAGGAGAGAGUGGGAAUAAGGCUGAAAAACUUAAGUAGAAGUUUGAGUUAUGCCUUGAUAGAGCAAGAUGUUUGUGAAGGUGUUUCAGUGAAGAAUGUACUAACUCGUAAAACAUUGGCUAAUUGGGGAACAGGAAUAGUUAUCUGCUUAGUCUCAUCCUUCAUAUUUGGCAAUCUGAAGAAAAGGUCUGAGCCAGCAUGAAGACAGAAUCCCCUCUUCAUUAGAGAAAAACUCCUUUGCCGGGUACUGAUGGUGUGUUCUGACCCCUCAGCUUUCUGCCCGCCGCAGUCCAUUUCAAGGAGUGCACGAUGACAGAGCGUGGAAUUAAAUGGGCCUGUGAGUAUUGUACAUAUGAGAAUUGGCCUUCUGCAAUCAAGUGCACCAUGUGUCGUGCCCAGAGACCCAGUGGAACAAUUAUCACAGAAGAUCCUUUCAAAAGUGGCUCCAGUGAUAUCGGGAGGGACUGGGAUCCUACGAGCACCGAAGGAGGGAGCAGUCCUUUGAUAUGCCCGGAUUCCAGCGCAAGACCGAGGGUGAAAUCAUCCUACAGUAUGGAAAGUGCAAAUAAAUGGUCGUGCCACAUGUGCACGUACUUGAACUGGCCAAGGGCUAUAAGGUGUACCCAGUGCUUGUCUCAGCGCAGGACCAGGAGCCCCACGGAGUCUCCUCAGUCUUCGGGCUCCGGGUCCAGACCGGUCCCUUUUUCCGUGGAUCCGUGCGAGGAGUACAAUGACAGAAAUAAACUAAACACGAGGGCUCAGCACUGGACUUGUUCUGUUUGUACAUAUGAAAACUGGGCCAAGGCCAGGAAAUGCGUUGUGUGUGACCACCCCAGACCCAACAACAUCGAAGCAAUAGAACUGGCGGACACAGAAGAGGCUUCUUCCAUCAUAAACGAGCAAGACAGGGCUCGGUGGAGAGGCAGCUGUAGUAGUGGUAAUAGCCAAAGAAGAUCUCCACCAACAACCAAACGUGAAUCCGAUGUGAAAAUGGACUUCCAAAGAAUCGAAUUGGCUGGAGCUGUUGGCAGCAAGGAGGAGCUUGAAGUUGACUUCAAAAAACUAAAGCAAAUAAAAAAUAGAAUGAAAAAGACUGACUGGCUGUUCCUGAAUGCUUGUGUGGGAGUUGUGGAAGGCGAUUUAGCUGCUGUGGAAGCCUACAAGUCAUCAGGAGGGGACAUCGCCCGGCAGCUGACGGCGGACGAGGUGCGGCUGCUGAACCGCCCGUCCGCCUUCGACGUGGGCUACACGCUCGUGCACCUGGCCAUCCGCUUCCAGAGGCAGGACAUGCUGGCCAUCCUCCUCACUGAGGUAUCCCAACAUGCAGCCAAGUGCAUUCCUGCCAUGGUGUGUCCAGAGGUCACGGAACAAAUCCGCCGUGAAAUCGCUGCGUCCCUUCAUCAGCGGAAGGGAGACUUUGCUUGCUAUUUUCUGACUGACCUUGUGACGUUUACGUUACCUGCAGAUAUUGAAGAUUUACCGCCCACAGUCCAGGAAAAAUUAUUUGAUGAAGUACUUGACAGAGAUGUUCAGAAAGAGCUGGAAGAGGAGUCUCCCAUCAUUAACUGGUCCCUGGAGCUGGGGACACGCCUGGACAGCAGGCUGUACGCACUUUGGAACCGCACGGCCGGGGACUGCCUGCUCGACUCCGUGCUCCAGGCCACCUGGGGCAUCUACGACAAGGACUCGGUGCUGCGCAAGGCUCUGCACGACAGUUUACACGACUGCUCCCACUGGUUCUACACACGCUGGAAAGAGUGGGAAUCGUGGUAUUCCCAAAGCUUCGGUUUACAUUUCUCCUUGCGAGAGGAACAGUGGCAGGAAGAUUGGGCAUUCAUUCUCUCUCUUGCAAGCCAGCCUGGAGCGAGUUUGGAGCAGACACACAUUUUUGUACUUGCACAUAUUCUUAGAAGACCAAUUAUAGUUUAUGGAGUAAAAUAUUACAAGAGUUUUCGGGGAGAAACACUAGGAUAUACCCGCUUCCAAGGUGUGUAUUUGCCUUUGUUAUGGGAACAGAGUUUUUGUUGGAAGAGCCCCAUAGCUCUGGGCUACACGAGGGGCCAUUUCUCCGCCCUGGUUGCCAUGGAGAACGAUGGCUAUGGCAAUCGAGGCGCUGGUGCUAAUUUGAACACUGACGAUGAUGUUACUGUUACUUUUCUACCCUUGGUGGACAGCGAGAGGAAAUUAUUGCACAUUCACUUCCUUUCUGCUCAAGAGAUAGGCAACGAGGAGCAGCAGGAGAAGCUGCUGCGGGAGUGGCUGGACUGCUGCGUGACCGAGGGAGGGGUCCUGGUGGCCAUGCAGAAGAGCUCGCGGCGGCGCAACCACCCGCUGGUCACCCAGAUGGUGGAGAAGUGGCUCGACCGCUACCGCCAGAUCCGGCCCUGCACGUCCCUGUCCGACGGCGAGGAGGACGAGGAUGACGACGAUGAGUGAGGGGCAAUAAAGUGCAAAGGAGCAGCGCGGAGCGCGUGAGCCCGAGUGAGCGUCGUGCUGUAGCGGUUGGGUGCGGAACGAGCCAGGUGUGGGGGAUACGUGCUGGGAAGGAUUCUCCCACGGCACUGGGAGAGGAUGGACGCUCAUCCUGCUGCCCGGACAGAGCCGAAGUGGGCUGGACUACAGUUUGUAUAAAAACACGAAAAAAAUGAAACAAAAACCGGCUAAUUUUAUUAUCAAGAUGGGAAAAAAAAAAGAAAACAAACCAAACCAACCCCAUUUUUCUUUCUGACUGUAAAUCUGUCUAUAAAUGUACCGCAUGUGGUUGUGUAAGAGGUUGUGUAAUAGGAAACGUAUACCAGCAUCUUAAUUAUUGCAGAGAAAUUUUUCAGCUAAGGGCACUUCUGAAAGCACAUGUGAGCUGGAUGGAUAUCUCCUCCCUCUGAGAUUCUUUUACAGUAGAACCUGGUCUUCUUCAUCACCUUUUAGAUACUCUUGACACAUUUCCCUGAAAGGCCCUUUCCUGUGAAAUCUCACUAGUGCCCAGGCCAGAUUGUGAGAGGGUUUUUUUUUUGUUGUUUGUUUGCACAGAUAUCCACAGCAAGUCAUAAGCAAAAAUACAUUCGUUAUUUUACUAAUAUUUUAGUUAUUGCUGUGCCCACAUAAUAAAGCCUAAACUCUACGGAACAAA